AUGUCUUCGUCCCCUCAUCGGGCUUCAACAACUCAGCAGCUGGCCGAAUUGUCACUAACCGAAGGAGGAGACGGCGGCGAACAUGAUGAGGGCAAACCGCUUUCAACAGACUACCUUCAAGGGCGUGAAGGUCUUCUAGAGGAAAUCUUAAAAUGGAACGAGCAUGAACAGCUAGAUUUCAUGGACAAAAUUGUACAUCGAUUAUCACAUUACCAGUUGGGGAAAGUUGACACAUUCAUACGUCCAAUGCUUCAAAGAGACUUCAUAACUAAUUUACCAGCUCAUCUCGUCGAACUCAUCCUCUACAAUGUGAACUCAGAUUCUUUGAAAUCUUGUGAAGAAGUGAGUACUAAUUGGAGAUGUGCAUUGGCUCGUGGACAGCAUUGGAAAAAAUUAAUAGAGAAGAAUGUGAGAAGUGACUCCCUUUGGCUGGGACUUUCAGAGAAAAGACACUGGAACAAAUUUUUGAAUAUAAGCCGAGAGAUGUCGGUCCAUCGAAUCUGCGAGAAAUUCGGCUACGACCCGAGCACUAAGCGCGAGAAGCUCGAACAACUUAUCCUGAUGCACGUUUUCUACAGCAAACUUUAUCCAAAAAUUAUCAGAGAUAUCCAUAACAUUGACACCAACUGGAAGCGGGGCAACUUCAAAUUGACUCGAAUUAAUUGUCAAUCAGAAAACAGUAAAGGAGUUUAUUGUCUACAGUAUGACGAUGAUAAAAUCGUUUCUGGAUUAAGAGAUAACACCAUCAAGAUUUGGAAUCGAAAAGACUACACAUGUAGUCGAACACUUUCCGGACACACUGGAUCUGUUUUGUGCCUUCAGUAUGACAACCGUGUUAUCAUUUCGGGAUCUUCUGAUGCAACCGUCCGAGUGUGGGACGUAGAAACUGGUGAAUGCAUAAAGACAUUGAUCCAUCACUGCGAAGCAGUUCUUCAUCUCCGAUUUGCCAAUGGAAUCAUGGUGACUUGCUCCAAAGAUCGAUCAAUCGCUGUUUGGGAUAUGGUAUCGCCACGAGAUAUAACGAUUCGAAGAGUGCUAGUUGGACACAGAGCAGCAGUGAACGUUGUUGAUUUCGAUGAUAGAUACAUCGUCAGUGCCAGCGGUGACAGAACAAUUAAGGUCUGGUCAAUGGAUACUCUGGAAUUUGUUCGAACUCUGGCGGGGCAUAGACGUGGAAUCGCCUGUCUUCAAUAUCGCGGUCGUCUCGUAGUGUCUGGAUCUAGUGACAAUACGAUUCGUCUCUGGGAUAUCCACUCCGGCGUCUGUCUGCGCGUUUUGGAAGGGCACGAAGAGCUUGUCAGAUGUAUUCGAUUCGAUGAGAAACGUAUUGUUUCCGGAGCUUACGACGGAAAAAUGAAAGUUUGGGAUCUCCAAGCAGCACUCGAUCCUCGUGCUUUGUCUUCUGAGAUUUGCCUGUGUUCAUUGCAUCAACACACUGGAAGAGUGUUCCGUUUACAAUUCGAUGAUUUCCAAAUCGUUUCUUCCUCACACGAUGAUACUAUUCUUGUCUGGGACUUCCUUGAUGCCCAGGCUAUUGGACCGCAAGACGCAGUGCCUAGGGUAAGUGCAACUCUCCCUGAACUACCGAAUCAAGCGGCCGUAGCUCGAGCUGAGAUGCUUUUCGAAAUGGCUGCCCGACGUCAAAUCGAGCGUCGUGACCGAGAAGUGGUGGAAGAGCAAGCGGCACAGAUGCCUCGAGCUCGCAGGCACCAUAAUCGUGGAGGGGAACAACACAUGAUCAUAGCAGUUGCUGGAGCCGGACCAGCUGGACUUAGGGCAGCAGCCGGAGACAACGACGGAUCAUCAUCAGAAGAAGAUGUCGAUAACAAUGGACCUGGACCAGCUCCACCGAUAGCACACAACCAGAAUCACAAUCGCAGAAGACAGCCAAGACCUGAUUUGCCGCAGAGACUCAUUGUAAGUUUUUGUUCUAAAAAUAGUUACUGUAGAACCUGUAACAGAAGGCAAGAAAUGGCCGCAUUCAACAACUUCCGACGACAUGUGGGUGCUGGAGAUGCAGAUGAGGAGAUGCCCGAUGGCCCUCAGUAA